AUGGAUACGAGCGUCAGAUCGAGUGAGUAUUAUUCUUAUAGAGACCCGCGGUACUACUCUUCGUCCUCGAUUGGCAAUGUGAAGACGCUUGAUGGCUACGGCGGAAUGAUGCAUUCCACAGACGACGAGGGCUCGAGGUACAAUCCUCAGAUCAGCUCGAUUUCGCAAGGCUCUGUCCUGCUGAACGCCCAGGACCCGGUCUCGAUGCACCUGCUGGCCGAGACUGCUAUCGGAGACAGUCUGCACUUCGAGGUCCUCUCGUUCGAAGAGGUCGAGGAUCUGAAACGAGAGCUAUCGCUGCUGCUAUCCCGCAUCGAGAGCGGCAAACGGAAACUAGCGUUGGAGCUGAAACUGCAGGAGGCAGCACUGUCGCUCAACAGGCUAUACGAUGAUGGAUCAGACCUGGUGAACGGCCACCGCAAGGGGACGAGCCACCUGGGGCAGAAUGGAGACGAUACGUCGGAUGAAGGGCUGGCUAUCACGAGACGGAAAUGCGAGGAGCAGUCGCAGGAGAUUUCGAAACUGGAGCGGAGGGCCAGUGACAUCAGGACGAGGAUACUGGAGCACACGGCGGGAGUUCUGCAGAUGACGCAUAAAGGACUUAAGAAGAAGAAGGGAUCCAAGACGGACGACCAGUCGUCGACAUCGGAGGACGUGCAUGGGAUAGACCCCUACGGCUGCGGACACGAGUUCGAUCAUAGGAGUCUCUACCGGACGGCUGACUAUCUCGAUCACCAUGGCGGAAGAGGACCGCGAGAUGUGCCUAGCCUGGAGCCUGAUGUGGAGUCCAACUCUGCAGACCUCAGCGGACUACAGGACACUCAGUCAAAGCUCGAGGAGAUGAAUUACCGGCUGCAUGAGAUGAUCACACAGAUGGAUCCGCACCGGGAAAUAGAUCCCAUCCCACAGGUAAUCUCGAACCAAGGCUCCUCCGACCCUCUAGCUACGGUCAACGUGCAGAUUGAGUAUCUGGAGAAAGGUCUGGAGGCAAUUGCUGUGCAUCAAAGCCAUUCGUCUCAUCCGCAGGAUACCCGCGAAACCGAAGAGCCUCACGAUACGCAUGACACGUUAGAAAGGCUGGAGGGCUUUAGCCGACGGCUCGAUGAGGCUCUAGCAUCCGCCGGGUCCAGCAGACAGCCUACCAGUCCACACAUGUCGACUAUCAGGAAAUCCCUACCCGAACAGCUAGACUACCUCGAGUCUGCCGUUGCCGAUGCCGAAAAGAGGAUAGAGAGCCUCGUAGAACAGAAGACUAUCCUCGGCAUCCAGAUACAGCAGCAGCGAGACCUCAACUCCAAAUCUGACGCAGAGCGUGAUGCAUACAUUGCGGACCUCACGGAGGAUCUAACCAAGCUACGAAAGGAGCUUGACAAGUCCCAUGCUGCGAACGAGAGUUCCAGAGCCGAAAUCACCAUGCUCAUGGAUCAAUUGGACGCUGAACGACAGGAUUCCAUGCUUCGUGAGCAGAAACGUAGCAUUGGAGAAGCUCCCAAGGAAUAUCCUGAACCGGAGGCACUCCUGAAAGCUGAACAGAACCUGGCAGAGAAGGAGUCUCGAAUUGCCGCCCUUGAGUCCACCAUCCAGGAGCUACGUUCACAGGCGGACAUACAACUCCAGGAAGCCUAUCAGACCCGUGAAAAGGUCGAACAUGACCUAGCAGAGAAGCACACUCACAUCGGCAAUCUAGAGUCCACGCUGCAGGAACUACGCUCACAAACGGAAACUCAUCUCAGCCAGCUCCACGAAGCCCGUCAGUCCCGUGAACAAGCCGAACAAGCCAAUGCUAAACUCCAGACCGAAUUCUCCGAGCUCGAAAGUGAAAUGGUUCGCAUCCAAACCGAGCUCACCUUUGCCAGAGCGGAGCUCGACGGCGCCUAUGGAACUAGAUCGGAGCGUGCCGCCGAAGCUGCCGCUAACCCUGCCGUUCAGCGUGAAAUAGACAACCUCCGAGAACGCAACAUGGACCUCACCAGUCAAAUAGCAACGUUGAAAUCGGUACAGAUGAACAACGCCAACUCAGCCAGUUUGGGUGCUCAUGAGAGAAUCCAGAUGCUAGAGAGAGAGCUGCGUGAGACCAUUGAAGACUACGAGGAGUUGACCAAGCAGAGCAUCGAGUUCGAAAAGGAGCGUGACAAGUUUGAGAAUAUGAUCGAUAGCUAUAGAGAUCGAUGUGACACCCUGGAGACCCAGCUGGGUGACGAGCGCAUCCAGAAUCUGGGCAUAAGAGACGGAAUGACGGUGGAAAAUACGUCAAUCACCGUGCUGAAGAACGAGUUCAAGAAGAUGAUGAGAGAAACAAGGGCAGAUAGUAUCAAGGCGUUACGGGCCGAACAAGAGGAGCGACGGCGCCUUGAGUCCAUGCUCAGAGCCAUGAAGAGAGAGCAGAGCCUGAAGAAGUCGAAUCUCAGCCAGAGUACCAUGGCCUCAUGA